AUGGGGUCUGUCGGUUCACAGAUCUGUUGCUUUCUACGCCGGGCCUGCGAUCCGGAGCAGCGUGUUGAGAUGCGAUCUUUGGCAGCUCAACCCGUCCCACCGACGCCACAGCCACUGACAGGAUAUGCGCCAUAUGCGGGCCCAGGCCAGUUGGCUACCGGAGUUGCGUUUGCGACACCCAUACCCUAUGCAUCGGCUGCACCAGUGGUGGCCUGUGCCAUACCGGUGGAGAUGUCGCCUGUUUGCCACAACGGCUUUCCAUGCACGUCUCAUGCCGAAAGCUUUCCAGUCACUGGAAUGGCUGUCUCCAGCCGGUCUGUGCCGCAAACUUUAUCACAAGCGCAAGUUCAACUGCCGGGUAAGCGGAAGAGCCUACUCGUUGGUAUAAACUAUUUUGGCACAGAGGCCGAGCUGUCUGGAUGCAUUGCAGAUGUCAAGAGAAUGCAGCCGUUUCUGGAGCAAUUAGGCUUUCCCUCUGACCAGCAGUGCCAGAUGGUGUUGCUCGAUGCACCUGGUUGGCCUCACUACCGACGUCCGACCUUAGCCAACAUGCGACAAGCAAUCCGAUGGCUCGUGCAUGAUGUUCGGACAGGAGACGCGUUGUUCUUCCAUUACUCCGGGCAUGGAGGCCGCGAGCCCUCUGCCUCAGGAGCAGACGGAUAUGUGGAGACUCUUUGCCCGGAGGACUAUGACGAAGAGGGAAUGCUGCUGGACACAGAACUCUUCGAGACGCUGGUGCGGCCCUUGCCAAGUGGUUGUCGCCUUACCUGCCUCAUGGACUGCUGCCACAGUGGUGGUGUACUCAACUUGCCUUACCUCUUCACCGGCACUGAAGCCAACCUGAAGCAAGCUUUGGCUGGCAAAGCCGUGUCUCUCGCCCUCUCCAAGGAUUGGCUGCGGGAUUUGCAGUCUAUGCGCUCAGGAAACCCACUCGGACUUCUGGAAGAUGCCGCUAGCAUGGGCCUGGGGUUGUGGGGCGCAGUUCCACGUCCAGUCGUCCCGGCGCGGGUCGAUGCUGAUUGGACGGAGACGUUCCUCAACGGGGACCAAUCAGCGGCUUCCUUCACAUACUUGACUCUGCUCGAACAGAUUCGCGCUCGCCUUGAUGAGGAGGACUUUGAGCAGGUGCCGCAGCUGGCAACAUCCCUCCUCAUUGAGCUGAGUCAGCCGUUCUCCUUGACGACGAUCUCGCUGCCUGCCCAGACCAGCGCUCGCGGCCUUUCCACCGGGGCAUGCAUGGAUGGCAGCCCUGGCAUCGCAUCAGGAUCUUCUGCACUGCUUGCCGGUUUCCUCAGUUCCAUGGCAUCUGCUCCACAGGGAGCCGCAAUGCUGAAUGGAGCACGAGGCGCUGGCGACGAGGCGUCUGCACUCACAGAGUUGAGUGCAGUGGCACAAGGCUUUGCAGCGUCACAGCUGCUCGGAGGAGGUGCCGGUUGGUGGCAAGGAGAAGGGUUCGAACAACGACCUUCCAUCCAAACGGAUGGAGCAAGCCCAAGCUCAAGUGCGAGCAGGUCUGAUGAGGAGGUAGGCACAGAGCCAAGUGAUGAGGCGGAGGACGACUGGCUGCCCUCUGACCUCGAGGAUGUCGCAGAAGCGGUGAUGGAUGUUUUCGACGACGACGUGGCACUGCUUCGGAUGCGAAUCCCACCUCUGCCACAGCUCUGGGCAGUUCUUGCAGCAGUGAAGGGCAAGGCUCUGCCAAAGAAGCCGAGGCACCCGCACUCCAAGACACGCAAGAAGAAGCCCAGCCAGCUUCCAGCUCACAUCAAGGAGCUUUGCAGAGUCCACCGAGGGUUGAGCGAGAUUCAAGCACGGCAUGAUCAGCUGCCUCUACCUCUCCAGAUGUCGGUGAGACAAGCAGCACAGUAUUUGCUAUUACCGGGUGUCUUGGGAGACUGCGUCAAUGUCGUGGGCACUUAUGCGGAUGGCGGCACGAUGGCAGCAGUUCGGGAGGCUGGUAGCGACGUUGCAGACUACGUGGCGCAGUUCCAGCUGUUUCGCCUGCUGCAUAUCGCGAAACUCAACAAGGACGUCUUUGGAGAGCCGAAGAGGAAAUCCUUGACCAAGAAAAUAAAGGACACAAGUGUCAAUCUGAAGCGUGUCUACUCCAUCGGCCCCGAGCGCGUCGAGGGCAUGUUGAAAGCGGCGUCGAAAGUGCGCCAUCCAACCUUGUCUUUGCGCAAGAGGAGAAGGCCAAAGUUGCCUUUCUUUGAGAUGUGGACGGCUUGCGCGACCAUAAACCGUGCUGCGACGCUCCUUGCGGACCAGCAGGCAGCUAAGUGCAAUAUCACUGGUCACGGAACGGAUUCGGAGAUGUAUGUGACUGCUGAGGAGUUCGCGAACAGGCUCGACAGGCAAGCAUCGAAAUCCAAAGGCAAGACCGGUGAGGUCAUGAUCAACGUGGAUGUGAUCGAGACCAUCCUUUUGGAGGAUACAGGCGUGUCGCAGGAUGGCAAAUUUAUAAAGCCAGAUGUUGUGGAGAAAGCCUUUGAUAGGGUCAACUCGAACAAUGAGGAGCCCCGUCACAGCAAGGAGAGAAAGGGCACAGGCUUCAUCACCAAGGCCAUGAUGAUGGACAUUCUGUCCAAGGUCGAGGACGAGGGCGACGAGGAAGAGCUGCAGUCGACGGCAGACGCCGUUUCAGGCACCGGGCCAGCUCGGCGGAAUUCUCGCUGCAAGGAGCGCAAAGGCACAGGCUACGUUAGCAAGGACAAGCUCCAAAAGCCAGAUUGCCUUCUUGCAAUGGGAAGCAUCGAUUCCGUGGCUGGUGGCCUGGUCCUUUUGCAUGGUACACCAAUGGAGCAACGCCGCUUGAAAAGAGGCGACAUUCGAGGCUUGCUUGAGGAUGCUCAGCUGGAUCUGCCGGUGCGGCGGCGCUGGCCACACUGGUUGAAAGCCUUCAUCAAGGCAGGCUUGCAGCCAGCCUUGCGGCUCCGCUUGGCGGAACUCGCCGACUGGGAGAGCAAGGAAGACCUCGCUCACGAACAAGAGUCUACAUGGGGCAGAUGGAAGUCUUGGGCGAGGUCAAGAGGCGAGCUGCUCAACAUGCAGCUUAGCCAGUUCUUCCCGUUCCCUUCUUGCCCUGUGUCGCACUAUGUCGCACUGCACGAGCGACAUAUGCUUGGGCCUCCGCAGCUCAAAGUGUGCUGCCGCGAAAAGGUCUUUGCCAGAUACAUCGAUCAGCUCUUGAGUGACAUCCUUUCUGACUCUGGGGUCAAGGGCUGCCCGGCUGCCCCAAACAGGGGAAAGGGGCCGAGAUGGGCAGAUGUGUCCGGCGGUCGACCUCCUGACGCCGAGGCAGGGGCAUUGUGA